AUGCACACUCAACUGGUUGGCAAAGGUCUACGUAUACUAGCUUUCCCUUGUAAUCAAUUUGGCGGUCAAGAACCGUGGCCUGAAGCUGAAAUUAAAAAGUUUGUGACUGAAAAUUAUGGUGUUCAGUUUGAUAUGUUCGCGAAGAUUAACGUUAAUGGGUCAGAUGCUCAUCCUCUGUACAAAUUUCUGAAACAUAGACUUGGAGGUACUCUUAUAAGUGCUAUUAAGUGGAACUUCUCCAAAUUUCUUGUAGAUCGUGAAGGUCAACCAGUUAAAAGAUACUCUCCUACAACUGCUCCAAAUGAUAUCAAAGCUGAUAUUCUGGAGCUUUUGGAAAGAAAGUGA